GCGCGGAGGGAGCGAAGCCUCAUUUCUGCAUGAUUAUUUUGAUGAGUCAUUGACAAACGUUACGGACUGGAGCGUUUUCCUCACAGCUUUCAUGCUUUCAGUUUAACUUGGAGCUAAACUCCAGCUCACACCAGGUGACACGUCUUUAAAGGUCUCUUUUCUUUGCCGGAGACAGAAGGGAGAAGUGUUUGUUUAAAAAGUGCAGUUUGGACAUGUUUAACCAGUUCUGGAAGAGAACGUUGGCUGGAUGGUCGACCCUAUAGGGAAAGCUUUUACUUCAUGGCCGACAGCAGAGCGGGACACAAAGCGUUUUUAAAGUAUAAAACCUCGUGUUAAGGUGGGCCAGUGAUGCCACCCCCCACCACAGGUGCUGCCGUGCCCCCACCGGACGGUGGGUGGGGGUGGGUUGUGGUUCUUGGAUCCUUCAUCUCCAUCGGCUUCUCCUACGCCUUUCCCAAAGCCAUCACGGUCUUCUUCAAAGACAUCCAGAUCAUCUUCGAUGCCUCCUACAGUCAGGUGGCAUGGAUCUCCUCCAUCAUGCUCGCCGUCAUGUAUGCAGCAGGUCCCAUCAGCAGCAUACUGGUCAACACACAUGGCUGCAGACCCAUCGUGAUGAUGGGCGGCUGCCUUUGCGCCAUCGGCAUGAUCUCAGCCUCCUUCUGCACCAACGUGAUGCAGCUUUACUUAUGCAUCGGAGUCAUCGGAGGACUUGGACUGGCCUUCAACCUGCAGCCAGCUUUGACGAUGAUUGGCAAAUAUUUCUUCAAGAAGCGUCCCAUUGCUAACGGGUUAGCGAUGGCAGGCAGCCCCGUCUUCCUCAGCUCCCUGGCGCCUCUCAACCAGUACCUCUUUAACCAGUUCGGAUGGAGAGGCAGCUUCCUGAUCCUGGGGGGGCUGCUGCUGAACUGCUGCGUGGCCGGCUCCCUCAUGCGGCCGCUCGGACCUCCGCCGAGCAAAGCCCAGAAGGAAGAGGCGUUGGCCGCCGUCACCACUACGACGGAAAAGCGCAGCCUCUGGCAGAUCGUCAACAAGUACCUGGACCUCACACUGUUUAAACAUCGAGGCUUCCUUAUUUACCUGUCAGGCAAUGUCAUCAUGUUCCUGGGCUUCUUCGCGCCCAUAGUCUUCCUCGCCGCCUACGCCAAAGACAUGGGCGUGGAUGAAUACUCGGCUGCCUUCCUGCUCUCGAUCCUGGCUUUUGUGGAUAUGUUUGCCAGGCCCUCCAUGGGGCUCCUGGCCAACUCUCGCUGGGUCCGUCCUAAGAUCCAGUACUUCUUCAGCUUCGCCGUCCUCUACAACGGCGUGUGUCAUAUCCUUUGUCCAUUAGUGGAAAGCUACACUGGGUUGGUAGUCUAUGCCAUAUUCUUUGGCUUCGCUUUUGGAAUGGUGAGCUCCGUACUCUUCGAGACGUUGAUGGAUCUCGUUGGAGCUCAAAGGUUCUCCAGUGCUGUUGGACUCACCACCAUUGUAGAGUGCUGCCCCGUCCUCAUUGGUCCACCAUUAGCAGGGAAACUGGUCGACAUCACUGGGAACUAUAAGUCCAUGUAUUUCUGCUGCGGCGGAGUCGUCAUCCUUGCCAGUAUUUGGCUUUUCAUCGGGAACUUCAUCAACUACAGGCUCAUAGAUCGUGAGAAGAAGAAGGCGGCGAUGUACAAGCAGGCAGAGACCGAAGAUCCCGACCGAGUUCCGGACGAGAAGGAGGCCGACGGCGUCGCUCAGGCCUCCCAGGACCUGGCUGACGAAACCGAAAAAGGGGAGGGGGCAAUGCAGAGAGAGACCAAUAUUUAA